AUGGCGUCUUUUUAUAAGAAAUGUUUUCUAGGAUUUUAUGUUGUAUUGUCUUUAAAUGUCACCGUUAUAAUGGCGUCCUUACCCGGUAUGUUAUUCCCUAAAGAUUCGGAGCGUCGGGAAGUGAAAGAUUUGAGCGGUUUGUGGGAUUUUCGAGCCGAUAUGUCGGACAAUAGAAAUGGCGGCUUUGAAAAGAUGUGGUUCGCCAAACCAUUGUGGCAGGUAAGAAUAUGUCUUUCGAUAGGUAAAAACCCAUUUUCAUGAAAGAAAGUUUUUCUUAACUUGAAGGAGAGGUGCUUUUUCAUUAGUUUUGUGGACACUGCAAAAGCGGGAGAUUAUGAUCGUUUGUUCUCCGUCACCACAAAUUUCCUAUUAGGAACAGGAAGAACUUUCAGGGAAUCCCCCUGCGUGCUUUCACCAAACGAUUUUAAAUUUUACAGCUGCUUUUGAUUACUGAAAAAGUUCUGCGUACUUAAAUAGCACUGGAAAAUACUUCGUCUUUUCUUUUGAUUUUGUGUUUUGACCUGUCAUCUUUUGAAACAAACGAGUUAGACGGGUGUUUCAAAUUUGACCAAAUUUGACCGUGAAGAUAAAGGAAUCUCCUUCUUUCAACUAUAAUAAAAAUUCAAGUCUACAGAAUGCGCGUUUUUAUUUUCCAAGAAUGAUUUAAACCAGAAACACGUCAAGCUCUUGGUUACAUGGCAUUAAAUGACAAAUCUUUUCAUAGAUUGAUAUUUAAAUAAUUUAUUACCUUCACGGCAGUUCUCAGUUCUAAAAGGUAGUAUGUUAUAAAUAAGUGAGAGCACAAACUCAUAAGUGAUGGCGCAGUCAGGUCACUAAAAAUAACACAAAUUUAGAACCUUUACGAAAUGUGUUUUUCAAAUGGUGGAUAUAGUAGAGAAUAAUCUGAAGUAAUAAGUUGUAACUUUCAUGCUGCCUCAAAACUCUAGCUUAUUAAUAUUAGGAGGGGUUAAAACCUAAACCGUUUCAGGGAUGUGCAGAUAAAUCGAGCGGAUAGGACUCAGCUUAAGCUUUUAGGGACCGGUCAUUAUUUAUGUGGGGGGGUGGGAGGGUUUUUUUUUUGUUUUAGCAUGAAAGAAAAAACGUGACCCACCCCUUUAAGCCCAUUAGUUAAUUCUUGACCCACCCCCAUAUAACUUUAUAUAAGAGGUGACCCACCCCCAACCCCCUUCAAUCUAGACCUCUAUAAGGAGUUCCUGUUCACUGAAUGAAAUCAGCAUAUCUUGUGGACCAGUGUCCUACUCUGCAGCCAUUUCUUGUUGAUGUGCCUUCUUGUAUUGUUACAGUAUGACUGUCAUCGUCUGACUCACUUUCGCUUUCACUUUCAUCACACAAAACAAGGUCAUUGUCACUGUCACUCUCAUCACUGUCCUCACCAACACUGACGCUUAUUGAUUUCAUUAAUCGAUUAUUGAAAAAAUAAGUUUUGCAAUAUUCAAAUCAAAACCAGUUUAAAAAAAUUUGCUUUUUUAUUGAAGUCAUUGAACAAAAAAUAGUAAUUCAAUUAAAAAACGAAUUUUCAAACUGUUUUUUAUUUGAAAAUUGGAAAAAUUUGAUUUCACUGAAUUGAAUAAUGAAUUCAAUAAUGCAUUAUUGAAACCAAUAAUGAUUUCUAGCUGUUCACGCUUCAGGUAGUAAAAGUUCCAAGACAGUUAUAUUAAGAAAAGGAAGCAUGCAAGCCUUCUCAAAUUAUAGGGCUUAUGUUUAUUUAUUGAUAUUUAGUGCCCACAUCUUUGAUUCUCCAUACUUAGGUGGGAUAGCUUAUACAUGUGACAUCCAGUUGUGUUAUAUUUUAUGUCCAGCACCCCCAAUCAUCGUGAAAUUCUCUUCUGGCCCACCCCUCAGUCUCUAAAAAAGAUAGGCCAGGCCCACCCCACGAUUUUCCCCCCGCCCCACCCCCCCACAUAAAUAAUGACCGGUCCCUUAAUGCAUUUACUUUUGGUUCCCAGUUUUUCUUCUUUAUUAGUUACUUUUUCUGAACUGUCCCUCUUGUAAUAUUUUUAUAUAGCAAUGUAGAACUGUUAGCCUGCGUAGCAAGUGUAUCCGUUUGGUUUCGAAGCAAAGAAAGACCGAGUACGCCAUUUUUCGCACGGUCUUUGACUCUUGUUCCUCGUUCUUUGCUCCUAAACCGCACGGAAACGCUUCCUAUGCAGGCUAUAGAACUGUAUAAUUCCCACACCCUUUUCCUCACAGCUCACUCAUUCUUCGCGUAUGAGGCCCUCUUGGGGGGGGUAGGUAUCUCCCUAGUCUGAAUUUCAAAUACAGUUGUUUUGCAUUUCGAGGAGUUGGCAUGUCCCUGUCGGUAUUUAACCCAUUUUUAUGUUGUUUAUCACCAUUUCAUCUGUUUUAUGUAGCUGUUUCAAGGCCAUGUUGCUCUUCAGAAUUUUACCCUAAUUGUUGGUUUUCACAUGACGUCACUAAAAUUCAAACUAAAAAGCUAUCGAUCCUACCGAGAUUUUACUUUCACGAUGCAUUAGAACAGCUGAAAACUAAAUUUCAUACAAAUUUUUGCUCCAAAAGGGUUCUUGGUUUUGUGAUAGAGUACGCUUGAAUUUCUAAGCUUUUUCGUGACGCGUGAUUUACAUGACGGCCAAGAGAGCUGUCGUGUAGGUUAAAAAAAUGACUUAUUUCAGGAAAUUUUGCUAUCUAAACAGUUCAUGUAUUAGAAAAAGUGUUACUUUAAUGUUUAUGAGUUUCUCGAAGGAUAAAUUCACGCUUUUGUAGUAAAACUCGGUAACAGAUGUUUCCGUUGGUUUCCGUCCGCCAUGUUGGAGCUCAUCUAGGUGAGCACCAGCAUGGCGUCUCCAUACAAAUCUCUAUAAAUUUGGGUAAAACGUUUCUUCGGAUAUCUCGUAUAGGAAAUAUUCCUCUGACCUGAAUCUUGGCGAGGGUCUUUGUAAAUGUACCUCUUUUCAUUUCCCAGCUUCUGGACUUUAUCUAUUGAACGGUUUUGAUUUUUAUUUUGAUCUAUUUUGAAUGGCGUGACAAUGAAAACCAGCAAUAGAGCCUUAUUCAUCCUAUUUACCUCAUCCCUUAUGCUGGCUCCCUUGUUACUCUGGUCAAUCUACAGCUUACCUAUAGAGAGUCUGGAACAAAACAAGAAAAGAAUUUCCAGAAAUCUCAAUUAAUAAUUCUUAUGUCAUCCAGAUAUUGGGUCAGUACAACUAAUUUCAGUAUCAUGUGAUAGUUUCUUUUAAUUCUAUUGACAUUUUGGGUGUCUCAUUUUAUUUCUCAGUCUGGUGAAGUAAUUCCAAUGCCUGUUCCAUCAAGCUUUAAUGAUAUCACUGAAGACCGCAGCCUGAGAGACUUUGUUGGCUGGGUGUGGUAUGAGAAGGAAGUUUAUGUGCCCAGGUCAUGGGAAAAUAAUACCACCAGGGUAGUCCUUCGCUUUGAGGCUACAAACUAUCACACCAUAGUGGUAAGACAUCAAAAAUUGCCACAGAUUUAGGAUUAAAAGUUGUCUGGGCUGGUCUUUAUUUUUUUAAAUUAAAAUAUAUUAUGUUUUUUAUUUUUUGUUAUAUCAGUGGGUCAACAGCAAAGAGGUCAUGACACACUCAGGGGGUCAUCUGCCAUUUGAAGUUGAUGUCACACCCCUUCUCACCUAUGAUAAACCCAACAGAAUCACAGCUGCCAUUAACAACACACUUACACCUACCACCCUACCCCCAGGAGAAAUAAAAUACCUUACAGGGGGAGACUGGUGAGUAACCAAGGUCAUACUUUAAGAAAAAACAAUGAAGAGCCCUAAAAUUCUAAAACUGUGAAAUCUAGUGGGGUGUAAGCAAAAACAAAUGUUUCUUCAUGUCCUAAAGGCAAAAAUAAGCUGCUAGGGGUUUUGUGCAGCAAUACUAACUUGGGUACAGUUAUGGUAACAAAGAGGUAGAUAGGGCAUCUAGAGUAUCUCUAAUGAAAAUUUAUGUUUUGUAAGACGAACGGGAGGAGACUAGAGCCUUGUUCCAGGGUCUCUUCUUCAUCCCAUCCCAUGGGGGCCAUCCCCAAGGGCAAAAGAGAGAGAGAGCAGGUAAGAAGAGAGGUCUCUAUGGGAAUGAGGUGGGGACAAUAGUCAGUGAUGUUAAACAUAGCAUUUAGAUUUUAUUUUUGGAGGGUGGACCAGGGAACUGACCACUAAAAUUUUCUCACAACAAAAAAACCCAACCUUUUCCAAGGAUUACUCACGGCUGACAUUCUUAUGUCUUGUGAGAUGUUUAUAUCCCAAUAAAAUUUAAAAUAUGUUAAAAUAAUUAAUGUACAAGUACAUCAAGGUUUUAUAAACAUUCAUUAUGAUUUAUUCUAGGUAUCCACCAGGAUUCUUCAUCCAAAAGUACUAUUUUGACUUCUUCAAUUAUGCUGGCAUUCAUCGUCCAGUUAAACUCUACACCACGCCAGUAAUCUUCCUUUCAGACAUCACUGUAACAACCUCUUUCUCUGAUAACACGGGUGAGGUCAAAUUCGUUGCUACAGUGUCAUCCAUCAAUUCAGUUUCUCUGCUUCCAAAGGGAGACAUAACUGUGGAAUAUCUAUUACAUGACAAGCAAGGAUUUGUUGUGGCUUCAGCAGGGGGCCCUGAUAUGUUUGAGGGAACACUGUCAAUCAAGAACCCCAUACUUUGGUGGCCUUAUGGAAUGAGUGAUGACCCUGCCUACCUCUACACAUUAAAGGUUAUUUUAAUCUUUUACUAAGAUUCCAAAUAAUAUUUUCAUUACAUUUAGAAGGAAAAAGAUUCUCAAGCAAGGUCAGCCUACAACAAAAUGGUAACCUCAGAUCAGGCUCAAUUUUUGUUUCACUUGGUAGAAAACACCCCAGCAGGGAAGGUGAAACAAACAGAGAUCACAUAAAAGAGAAUUUAUAAGAGCUGCUAAAGCCAGGCCAGAUCUCAGUUUACAGAAUGGAGGAUUCCAUAGCACAAGCUACCUACAUUGUUAUGUGACAUUUUAGUACAGUGAAAAUAAAUAAGAUCAGAAAUAGGGACUAACAAAAUUUUAGGUCCAUAUUUUAUAUUUUGGUGCAGAGUUUCAAGGAUUAUGGAUUUAACUCAUUGGAAGUAAAGGGUAGGGGAAACAAAAGGUUCAGAAUCGUUUGAGCCAUUAAAUUAGUUAUAUCAUUUUCACUUACCUUUACGCUUGUAUACUUUUUCCCCAGAUAAUAACUCGCUCUGCCAUGUUUGUGCUGGAAGAUGUGUAUUAUCUCCCUGUGGGAAUAAGAACUGUGAAGGUUGAUGAAACUAGCUUCCUCAUAAACAACAAACCAUUUUACUUUAAAGGGUUUGGAAAACAUGAAGAUGCUGAUGUAAGAGAAGCGUCUGUUACUCGUAAUUAAAACUAUUUUAGAUGAAUGUUGUAGAUUAUCCAUAUAUUUUUCCUUUUUUAAAAAAGAAAUAGGAAAACGACUUCUUUCCUUUCCCAUUCCUCCAUAUCUGGUUAUCACUGGAAAGCAUGUCUCAAAUUGUAGACUGAGCUGUUACUCAUUCAUGUAACAUAAAAAUUGAAAGAAAGGAGGACAACCAGUGAAUCACUUAACAGGGAUGGAUCCAGGGAAGGGGCCUGGGGGCUCCCCACCCCCCUUAUUUUUAGACCAAACUUAGGCCCGAAAGUCCGAAAAAAAUCUUUUUGAGACGACCCGCCCGUUAUCUCAGGGUCUGGAUAACCGCACUGCCCCGCCCCACCCCCACCACUAUCUGAAGGUCUAGAUCCGCCACUGCUUAAUGGUACAUACAACCCCUUGACAGCUUAAAUUUCAUUUAACUCUUCUGCGUUUUGUUGUCAGAUUCGCGGUAAAGGACUAGACUAUGCAUUAAUAGCCAAGGACUUCAGUCUGCUAAAGUGGCUUGGUGCUAAUAGCUUUAGAACAAGUCACUACCCAUAUGCUGAUGAAAUCAUGGACAUGGCGGACAAGGAAGGAAUUGUGGUGAUCGACGAGUGUCCUGGAGUUGGAAUCAAGCCGUAACGUUUUUUUUUCUAGUACCCAAUUUGUAGUCUAAGAAAAGAGAUAAUGUUUUGUUCAAUUCGAUAGUAUCCACCCACAACCUAACCUAGCGACCUAUCCUUCUUCCUUUAUAAACAUACAGGCUCAAACUCUGAGCCAAACGCAGCCGCUACUCUACCACGUGCAGGGCGUAGAGCACGAGCGACUCAAGGGGCGGGAAAAACAAUAGCACGUGAUUUCAUUGCAGCUACCGCCCUUUUCCUUACCUUAAGCACCAACGGCAUUUUAAAUUGGCCUUGAACGAGUAGCUCUCUUUCAUCAUUCAGAUUUUCUGACAAACUCUUCUCGCUUACUUUGAAUCGUGUAUCCUCUUUUUGUUCUUCAGCUAGGUAUUUUGUUUUGAUGCUUCCUGUUUUUUCUUCCAGAAAUAAUUUAGGAAAAGAAAGUUUGGACCACCACGUUGAAGUGAUGGCUGAACUAAUCCGUCGCGAUAAGAACAGACCAGCGGUUGUUAUGUGGUCGGUAGCCAAUGAACCAUGCACCGACAAACCAUCCUCGGUACCUUACUUCGAGUGAGAACACUUUCCAGAGUAUUUUUCCUGCUAUAGUUUUAAUGAAAGCCGCCUCUUCCAGACAUAUAGUGCGUUUUCCUAUUUUCAUACUACUCAAGCCGAAAAAACGUAUAUUCGUUUCACCAAGACUAUGAAAUUAGGUGUGGCAUAUUAUUAUUAAUUCCAUCGUCCGCUAGCCUGCCUGCAUGACAGGCCUCAAAAGGUGUAGGGUGGGGCAGAAAGGGGAAAAGGGAGAGGAGCUGGGGAUUGGGGGAGAUGACAAGGGAUGACGCUCUCUCCUCCGCCCCAUUUUCCAUUUUUUUUCGGCCUGCCACGUAGACUAUCCAUCCGCUUACUUUUGUCCUUUGUUGUCUCUGUUUGACAGAAAGCUGUUUCAAGAGACGCGCAAUUUGGAUCUCACUCGACCUGUGACAUUCGUUACCAUGUUUAAAGCCUGGAGUGAUAAAGUUGUAAGGAACCGAUGUUUUAAGCGUUAGGCUUUUUAUCACUUCGACUGUGAUGAAGCUUCGAUGUGAUAACAGUAUUUUUCUCCCCAUGGCAUGAACACAGUUUCAAACGAGAACUGGACGGUGAUAGUUAGAACACAUUAAAACUCCAUGAUCGUACAUUUUUAUUCGAGCUGAUGCAAGUGAACACUUUUGUGUAAUAUUAUGAGGGGUAAGAAGAGAGGGCAUAAUUUGUCAAUCCUCCCCUUUGCAUUUGUUUUGUCUCUAAUUCUCUCUUCCUUUUCCAGGUCAAAUUUUGUGAUGUGAUUCUUUGUAACCGCUACUACGCGUGGUACCAUGACUAUGGACAAACGCAGCUUAUCUCCAAACAACUGGAGCGGGAACUUCGAGGCUGGUUUGACGCGUACGGCAAACCAGUUAUUCAAGCUGAAUAUGGAGCCGAUACAGUAGCUGGUAUGCACGUGGUACGUGCUACAUGAUAAAUAUUAGAAUAAAAGCUCCGUCAUCGCUAAAAUCAUGAAAUAGAACUUGUUAAACUACUAGCCUGCAUAACAGGCGUUUUUUUCUCGCUUCAUGUUCAGGGGAGCUAGGAGCGCCAGACACGCGCGACAUGGGGAGGACUCCUAGCUGUUGGUGCUUCGGUGUUUGCAAGCGGAAAAAAGGACGAUGUGAAAUCGAAACAUUUCCACCAGGAACGAAGCGUUCUAUUUAUGAGUCGAACGAAAUUUCCAACAAAAGAAACAAAACAAAACAAACGAAAUCUCCAACAAAAGAAUGCUUUUCAAAUUUCCAAAUUUUCUUGAUUGAAAGUGUUAAAUAUCUUAUUGACGUCGGCUUUAAAUGUUGUUCUCGCUUGCAGGAACCUGCGGUUAUGUUUUCAGAGGAAUAUCAGGUAAGUUGUUUAGAUUUUUUUACACUUCUCUCUCCAAGUCUUCUCUCUGCAUCUAAAUCUAGCUGUAUUUUUGAAAAUGUUACUUCCAGCUCAUCAUUUUUUUGAAGUAAUCAUUAUACAAGUUAAGUAGGCAACCAUUGCUUUUGUUCCUUCAACUUUUCUUUCUCGCAUAAUCUUUAUCCUUUUCUUUCUCACUCAAGCUUUUAGGACUGAAAAAAAUGGAGUUCUGACCUUUGCCAGAUAUUUCUAAUAUAAAUAUUCAACCUUUAAUACUGUUAUUUCCAAUAGGUGGAGUCACUUUUGCAGUAUUUCCCAGUGUUUGAUAAACUAAAGAAAGAGUUUUUUAUUGGAGAGAUGAUCUGGAACUUUGCUGACUUUAUGACGCAGCAAGGUGAGUGAACAAUGACCAAUCUUAUCCUCGGGAUCUUGGUAGCAAUGUCUUUGUGUUUCAGUAAUUGAUCCUUUAAUAGGUCAACAUACGAGUCCUUCAAGCUUGUGGUUUUCCGCUGAUUCCCCCUAAGUCCUAACCCACUUUCCAUUAUCGUCAUACUUCCCCCUUUGAUUCUAAUAAAAACUGGACUGGUACCCAUGCACUGAAGUAGCCUAUGGUUGGAAUUGUCUACUGUGCUUUAAAAUUCUCCAAAAAUAAAAGCUUGAAAAUAUCUAACCAGCAUAUGGUUUUAAACCGCCCUCUUGCUGAAUCUACAUAAUUUGUUUCUUAAAGGUACCACAAGGGUGGUUGGCAACAAAAAAGGAAUCCUAACACGUCAGAGACAACCAAAGGCCGCUGCUCACUUGCUGCGCCAGCGAUACCUUAACAUUACUUUAGAGAGGGGUGGCUCGAAGACUGGAGACGAGUUGUUGGACACACUCCUUCGGUUUGAAAGUCGCAAUCCGCAAAAUGUUGCUCAAACGCCCACGCAACAAGAUUAUCUUGCGCAGCCACUGGUGUGAAGGAAC